AUGGCGUUUAAUCGCGAUCAUAGUAUAUUUGAAAAUGCUGAAAAAGUCCUUAAACUCAAUCGUUCAAUUAGUCAACAUUUACAAGUUCGACUAGUUUUGAAUCCAUUUACAAAAAAAUUUAUUGACUCUGAACUUGCUGUUACAUUAGGGAUUUUAUACAAUGGAUAUUAUAGAAAUCAAUAUAGCGGUUUAAUUCCUUUACGUGGGGGAGUCUACAUAGCGGCUGGAAAAGGUCUCAUUCAAUUUACGGUGAGUGAUAAAACCGAACGAGAAGAAAUGGAAAACCAAUUUGGUAUUUAG